CACUGCGCGAUCCUGAAACCCCGCCUCCAGCCCACCGAGGGGGACUGCAUUUCCUAUGGUGCCCUGCGACCCCUCAGACGCAAAGCCUUUUGGGAAAUGAAGUCUUUUAUCAAAGAGCUUGCCGGCCGGCUGGAUCCAGACCCUUGCAUCUUGUCAUAUUCGAGGCAUUUGGAGGGAUAGAUGUGGAACCCGAAUUUGAGGAUGUGAUUCAUUCGCUGCGGAGUGGGUCUCUGAGGAUCUCUAAGUGGAAACUGUACUCCAAACUCUCCCAAACAUCACGCGCUUCGUCCACGGAGAAAGCCCACCUGGGUGGGCCUGAUUUCUUCCCUUCCCGAGAGGACCAUCUCCAGGACAGGGUGGAACCAGGGUGUAGGGCAGGCCGGAGGCCGGGCUGCCGGACCUGGGAGCAAAUUGAGCCGAAUGUUGAGAAGUGUUUAGGGUUCAAAGGUCAGAGGUCAGUGUCGCGAGUUGUAGAGGGUCGAAAGACGGAGGGGUACUAGAGAGACUCAGGUAGAGACUGAAUACUCAAAGUACAGAUUUAUGGGAAAGGGGUUUGGAGGGAGGAGAAACGAAGGUGGAGGAUGAGUGCGUAGUGCCGGGUAAGACUUGGAAAAUAAUACAGAAAGUAAGAGGAAUCCCCUGGUUAUCCGCCCCCCACGUCCCCGGGCCUACCACCGAUAGGUCACUUGGCUCCGUGUCCCGUAGUUGCAACCCCAGCUGCCGGCGGGGUUAGGAGAUGGCUUCUCCUUCUAGACAGGAUCCCCUCGGGGGAUCAGGACUGCUUCAAGGGGGCCGGGCUCGUUCUUAUGGAAGUCUGGUGCAGUCGGCUUGCUCCCCAGUGAGGGAAAGACGCCUGGAGCAUCCGUUGGCGCCCGGAGACACCCUGGCUGGACUAGCACUCAAAUACGGGGUGACGAUGGAACAGAUUAAGCGUGCAAACCGCCUUUAUACUAAUGACUCCAUCUUCCUGAAGAAAACCCUCUACAUCCCCAUCCUGACAGAGCCCAGAGACCUAUUCAAUGGUUUGGAUUCUGAGGAAGAGAAAGAUAGAGAAGAUGAGAUACAGCCAAGUGAGGAUGAAGUUGGGCCACCCUCAGUGGGGAGGAAGAAACGAGAGCCAGGUCCAGGACGUGCCAAUGGUGAAGUCCUUCCCACACCUGGCCAGGAACCUCCUGCCCCCAUCCAUGACCUCUCUGCCUCUGAUUUCCUUAAGAAGCUUGAUUCACAGAUCAGCCUGUCAAAGAAGGCUGCUGCCCAGAAGCUGAAAAAAGGGGAAAGUGGGAUUCCUGGGGAGGAAACAGGUCUUCACCGGAGCUCCCCUGGGAUGCAGCAACGAGCACUCCUAGGCCCCGUGCCGCUGACCCGGACUUCUCGAACCCAGACACUUCGGGACCAGGAGGAUGAAAUCUUCAAACUCUGAUGUCCCCAGAACUGAUUGAGAGCAGCAAGAUGAUGAAGGAGCAACUUGAGGGGGAGAGGAGCCUGAGGUGAGGCUCAAGGACAUGGCUUCCCAGCCCACCUCCCUCACUCCUGCUCAGCCUCGUUGUUUAUCAAGUGGUCCUUGGCCUGAAGCAGUUUCUAUUGACAGGAGUAGGGUUGGGGAAUAGACCCCUUCCCUGUUCCUGGGCUGAAUCUAGAGUUGUCCUUUAGAUUCAAAAGGCUCUUUUUACGUCCCUGCUGCCUUUCCCAUGCCUUUCACCAUUCCUUUGCCUUAGAGCAGGGAGGCAGGGACAACCCCCAGCCCCCAACUCCCUCCCCAUCUCCAACUAUGCUGCCUAAUUUAUUUGGUGCUAUAUGGAAGUAAUAUUUAUUUGCUGUAUUUUAUUCUUUCCCACCCCUAGCUGAAAAGUGGGAGUUUUGUAGCCCUGGUGUGAGGGAAACCGAGGAACAGUGAGCUGGUGACUGCCGGCUGCCCACCUUCUUAGCCAAGCAUGUUCCUGAGGGUGAGGCAGUCGGUAAUCCAGCCGCUGCAGAAAUGGUAGACUAUGCCAGGCCUUUUCUUCCAUCUCAAAGUGAAGAAUUUGAGCUCAGUCUUGACUCGCUAGUUCACUAUAAUUUUUUCACCUCUGUCCCCUUGAGGACAAAGUGGCUCCGAGUUUUACUCUGAGAAAAAAAAAACGGUGACGUAGAUCCCAGAACUCCCCAGUUCACCCUUCUACCCUGCUCCUCUGUUCAGCCCGUGUGAGGCUAAGCAAUGGAAGAAUUGCCUUGGAGUGUGACGGGGAGGGCAGCUGUGGGAGUCUUUGUGUUCUACCCCCUCCCCACCAGAGCCUGUCUGGUCUAUGCCUUGCUCCUCACUGCGUAUUUAUUUGCAAUUUGUAGCACUGAUCUAUGGUACUGUGCUUUUGAGCUUCUUAAACAGAAGUAGGCAAGAGAACCCCACUAAUACUGGAAAUAUGCCUGAGUCUCCUGUGUGGAAAUGGUGAGUGGUGAGAUAAGUGGUGUUUGUAUACCUCUGUGACGACCUCUGUGAUGAUCGUAAGAUAUAAGAAGCUGGA